UAGUAGGCUGGCCGCUGCUGCUGUAGUGGUGUGUGUUUUUGUGUGUGUUUGUAUGUGUGUCUGCUGCCUCUCAUACAGUUUUGCUUUGGUCGGACUGAGCAGACAGCAGAGCUUGACGUCUGUAGAGAGGAAAACAGACAGGUAGCUUAGUUCGGGCAUGAAAGAAAAGAUGGAGCUCUCGGCAACGGGAGAUCGCGUUUUCGCCGCGGAAGCCAUACUGAAACGCCGCGUCCGUAAGGGAAGACUUGAAUACCUGGUAAAAUGGAAAGGAUGGGCAAUGAAGCACAGCACUUGGGAGCCAGAGGAGAAUAUUCUGGAUGACCGGCUGAUACUGGGCUUUGAGCGAAAGGAACGUGAAAGAGAAAUGCACGGGCCAAAGAAACGGGGACCAAAACCCAAAAACUUUGUCAUGAAGGCUAAUGCUCAGAAAGGAGGGACCAGCAGCCGAGCCUCAAACUCCCGCCAGACCACAUCGCGCUCCUCUUCGUCCCCUUCCAGUCAAGCUACUCCUUCCUCCUCCGCCUCACCUCAUUUAGCAUCGUCGUCGUCCUCUUCCUCAACUGUGGCACCCUCUCCCAAACUCAAUUCCCUUGCAGCUACACACAAGCUGAAGAAAGACAUUCACCGCUGUCACCGGAUGUCCAGGCGCCCGCUGCCCCGCUCAGACCCCCUGGCGUCCUCCUUCUCCAACCCCGGUGGCUUCCCCUCCCGCCUGCACGUCUCACCCUUCUCCGAGACCGUCCGCAUCCUCAACCGUAGAGUCAAACCACGGGAGAUCAAGCGAGGUCGGAUCAUUCUCAACCUGAAAGUCGUUAACAAGCCAGGUAGGGGUGGCACAGCUGCAGGCGGCAGGAAUCUUACAGAAGGACGCCAAAACAUCCCUUCCCGCAAUCGCAUUAUCGGGAAGAAGGGAGAUGCACCCUAUAGACCUUUCCAACCCCCUCUGAAGAUGCUUGGGUUCCCGAUGUACGGGAAGCCGUUUGGGCUGCAGUGUGGUGGCCCUUUGUCCUUCCACUCCCACCCAGGCUCCAGCACAGGGGCCAGGAACACCCACUCUUCCUCCAAGCACCAGUUGCCGCCUUCUCCUUCCAGCUCCGCCUCAGCUGCUCAGCCAGCCACAGGAGGCCCACCUUCCAGCGAGGGUGCCAAGUCCAGUAAACCUCACACAGAGACCCAGAGGGGCCAGAGUGCCGAGCAAGCUGCUAUCGCCCCGUCCUCCGAUGCGAACCCCUUGGCGUCGGCAUCUUCUUUCCUCCCCUCUUCACCAUCCUCCUCCUUGGACGACAUGGAUGAGGAUGAUGCCCUGAACCAUUCAGCAACCCCAGAGGGAGGCAGGAAAAGCACUCGCCAAAGCAGGGCUAAACGCCAGCCGCCCGCUGCCUCUGGCAUCACCGGGGAUCAGAUCUCUGCCCCUGCCGAACCCCAAAGGGUGCCUGCCGAAGGAGACCCCGACUGGCACCCUGAAAUGGCACCGAGCUGCAAGGAUGUGGUGGUCACAGACGUCACCACCAACCUGGUCACUGUCACCAUAAAAGAGUUCCCCUCCCCUGUCUCACCCUCCGCUAGCCCCGAAAGCGCCUCCUCCCCUCCUCCAAGCACCACCAUUGAUGAAGUCUCUCCACCCAAGCCAUACCUCGCUCCUCCUCUCCUCCUCUCCUCCUCUCCUCCUCUCCCCACGGUCCCCAUGGUAACGCACGGAGGAGAGCAGUUCAGCGACACGGAGACGGAGAGGGAGCUCUGGUACACAGAGCAGAGGGCGGCGAGAGGAAAACAGCUCCUGACAAACGUCUUCUUGAUAAUGAAGUUCGUGGUGGUGCUUGUGGCAGCGGGCACCCUGGCCUUCCUCGGCGCGGUCAUCUGCAUCAUCGCCAGUGUUUAUCCCCGGAAACGCGACGCGCCUCUCAGCGACAACGGCACCCUGACAUCGGAGAAUCUGUUCGAGCCCCUGGAGCCCGGAUCGGUGGCACACGCCGGACCGCUGGGCGCUCUGCACGGCGCCGAGUCCUACGAUGGAGAGAACGGACUCGGUGGCAUCGGUCUGGAGGGUCCCACUCUGAACGAGCUCAACCACGGGGAGGAGACCGGCGCUGGGUCCGCGAAACAGUUCAGCUUCAGCCGGUUGAUCUGCACGCCUGUACCGGUCGGAGAAUGCAAGACCAAAGAUCUGAGGCAGCAGGCGGACGACCCGCUGUACGGCACCUGGGAUGAAGACUGGACUUAUCUCCGGACCACAGCGGAUGACCUCCGUCAGACGGUCCUGCAGCAGAACGACCAGAUCCUCAUGGACCAGAGGACCAUCCGGGAGCUCACCGGGAAGCUGAGCGAGUGCGAGAGCGGCCUGGAGGACGAGAGGAACAUCCCGGAGCGGGGCAUCGGGGUCUGGAGCGGCAACCGCCGCGUCAUGGCCGGGGAUGAUGUGAGCUCGUCCGCCGCGGCGCAGCUGCAGACGGCGCGGGCUGUGGAGGAGCUGGCCAGGGCCAUCAUGGACCUGAAAGACCGCAUCGAGAAACUCGAGGCGGAGAUAGGCCCUGCUGCCUUAAACCUCACCGACACAUCUGCAGGUACAAGUGGCAGCAGCAGCAGCAGCAGCAGCAGCAGCAGCAGCCCGGCUGGUAACACUGGCAAGGCUCCCGCUACGCCCACCGGCAGUGCUUCCUCUCCACCUGCAGCGGCUCCUCCGGGGGGUCGCCGUCCCCCCUCCCCCGCUGCACCUGCCCCCAAGCCCCCAUCUAAGAGCUCCCCAGUGCGUGGAAAGGGCACCUGGAGGGUGGAGGACCUGGAAGGGGAGCUGGAGAGGAAGAUAAAGAUGUUGGAGAAGGAGCGUCAGGCCAUGAGGAAGGAGACGCAGGGCCAACAUGAGAAGAUUAACAAGGGCAUCGACACCGUCAAUCACCGCGUCACUGAGCUGGAACACACGCUGACAGAGCCGCCGUUCCCUGACGGCUUCAUCCUCUCCUUCCCCAUGCGAACUAACUACAUGUACGGCCUGGUGAGAAAAGAGAUCACAGAGAUGUAUGCCUUUACUGCCUGUGUGUGGCUGAAGGCAAAAGAAGGAGGCAUCGGCACCCCCUUCUCCUACUCAAUCCCGGGGCAGCCCAACGAGCUGGUCCUGCUACAGGGAGUCCACAACCCUGUGGAGCUGCUCAUCAAUGACAAGGUGGCGCAGCUGCCUCUAUCUCUACCGCAGGACGAGUGGCAGCACAUCUGUGUCAGCUGGACCCUGAGGGAUGGGGUGUGGAAAGCCUACCAGGGGGGGAAGAUGAAGGGGAGGGGAGAAGGACUGGCUGCCUGGCAUCCCAUCAAACCAGGAGGAGUCCUCAUACUGGGACAGGAACAGGAUACAUUGGGCGGGCAUUUCGAUGCCUCCCAGGCACUGGUCGGGGAGCUUUCCCAGUUCAACCUGUGGGAUCGGGUGUUAAAGCCAGCAGAGGUUGCCGCCCUGGCCGAGUGCAGCUCCUCAGCGCUAGGCAACAUCGCCCCUUGGACCGACCAAGACGUCGAUGUGUACGGUGGUGCCACCAAGGAGUCCCUGGACCCGUGCCACGCUGCCCAGAGAUCCAACCCCCCCAGCCCCAAACAGUGAGGGUUGAUUGGGAGAGGUCAGCCAAUGGUGACUGUGUUUGAUAGGUCGAUUUAGAAGACAAUAAUGUAUAACAAUGUAUCACAUUGGGAUUUAUAGUAUAUUUAUUGGGGAUGAGAAGCUUGCUGGUGGACUGAAAUAUGUGAUUGUGCGAUUAAGCUGUUAAGAGCGGUGUAUGUUUUGUUUUUAGUGUUGGUGUCCACGCUCAUGUGUUCUGCGGUGAGAUGCAGUGAGAUACACUGAGUUUAGUGACACAGAAUCACCUUAGUGAAGGCUGCAUGGGUGGAUAACCUUCUUGCAUGAACGGGACUCUUAUGGAAGCAUUUGGAUGAAGUAUUGGCUGUGGUUGAAUGCACCACCCUCAGUUUUAGGUAAUAAUCUGUUGGGCCAGUUAGCCUUACACGGUUAUUCAGGCGGAGGGCUUUGAUGGGUUUGAAUCCAGUUAUGGAGUUAACCUUCAAAAUGUCCAUAUCUGAGGGUUUCUUACAUUACAACAAAGUGACACAAAGUUCUCAUCUUGUGUCCAGUUGGUUGUGUUUAACGCUCAAACUGAAUCCUGAGACACUAUCAUGGUUAUGUUGAUUUCAACACUCACUGGGAAACAACAUGAGUUUUGUUCAUUUGUAAAUGUAUAUGAACCUGUUGAGUAAUGUCUCUGUACUGUUAGGUUUUUUACAUUGCAUAUCAUGAUCAUGUAAAACAGUGGUCUUGUUAAUGUA